AAUGGAAUUGGCUGUUCUAAAUGUUCAAUUGUCCUGAUUUAUUUAUUUUUAUAAGUUAAGUUUACUCUUGGACAUUUUUUUGUCGUAUUCUUAGUUGUUCAAUUAUUUCACAAACGUCUAAACAUUGUUUAGAAAGUUUGUUUAUGAAGUCUUAGAUCUAUUAGAGUAGAAUUGAUUAUAGGUAGUAGUGCAUCUGAAAUAAUUUUAUAAGUAAGCUGUUACUCAAUGUUAAAUUUUCAGUGUAUUUGUUCAAAUGUAUUUACACUGAUCAAAAUGAACACAUUCUUCAGUGGUUAUACUUCCUGUUUGUUAGGAAAUAAUAAUAAUAUUCUAGAUUUUGUGAGCUGUGGGUUAGUGGUUAAGUCAAUUAAAUUUCAGCUACUAAGUCUCGGGUCGAAACCUUGCUCAGUCUGUUUCAGUUUGGGGAACCAGAUAAUACCGUUAGCCUUCAUACUUAGAGUAUAUGGCUCAUAUAUAAGUAUCUGGUGAAUAAGUUAACUACUUUAUUACUUUCGUGAAUGAAAAUUGUGUUUAAUAGUAUAUUAUAAAUAAAUUAUAUAUAUAUAUAUAUAUAUAAACUAAAUUACCAAUAGUCUAUAUAAAACAUUAAUAUAUACAUAUAUUAGUUUGUUUGGGUUUUUUAUUACAGCAACUUUUUAUUUGCCGCCUAUUCUAUAGUGAAAUUUAUGAUUUAGAAAUAAGGUGCAUAUUAAUUUUCCGUGCUACGACUGCUAUUUAGAGAGCUAUUACAGUGUAUCGAUAAAAGACUGAUAAUUUGAUAUCUGAUAUUCAAUGUGAUGAGUUAUAAAAAGCACGCCUUGUAGAUUUGCAAGUGUUGUGGGCUGGGUUACUUAUAUUCAAAUAAGUAGUAUAUGGUGAUGGUCAGGCAAAGAAUGUAUUUUACUAGGAGAUCGAUAAGGAAAGAACGGAAACGAAAGGCAAUUGGUAUGAAAAUGUAUGAACAAUAAUAACCGGGGUCUAUGGACUGAUAUUUGCAGAAGGAAUGGUCGAAAUUGAGACAAUUGAUUGAUAGUUUGCAAAUUAACAUUGAGUAAACUACAACUAGCAAUCCUCGUUAAACAUAUAUUUGCAACUAUAAGAUAUAAUCAUCCGUUUCAUACAUGUGUUUGUCUUGUUUCUCUAAGACGUAUUUCUCAAAGUUUUUCAAGCUUUCUAAAGAAUAUUGGUUUAAUUACUAUUAAGGUGAAGGAAAACUAGUUUUUUCUCUAAACUAUUUUCGUGUAAAACACGUUUGUUUGUUUUACUAUGAAACGUAUCAGUGAAUACGUUAGUAGGAAAUAAAACAAAAAAUAUUUAUAAGUUACAUAUGACAGUUAUGCGAUUUUUGUCUCAUUUAAGUAUACUGAUAUUGUAAUAGUUUUGAACGAGUUCCACAAUUAUCUUGAUUUUAGUCAAUGAUUUCAUGAAUUAUUUUAAUGAACUGUUCUACGAAGACAACUUUAGCUACAACAGUGGAUGAAUCCUAUUCUCAUUCAGGCCCUUGGUCGUCCCUUGUGUGUUGUUUCUUGAGGUCCAUUCAGAAACAUAGGUCUUUGAAUUUCGAGGAAAUUCCUUCUAUAAUGAGAAAUCGAUCGUAUCCGUAUUAUAAGUGAAAACAACAAACAUAUUGAAAUUUGUAUUUACUUACUCGAAUCGGUUGCAUUUUCAGUCAAUAUUUAAUUCUAGUUAUCAGAGAGACUUUUAAAACUUUCCACUGAUAAUAUUUCUGGUUUUUUCUUUAUUCCAAAAAUUAUAUAAGCCUGAUGGGGAAGAUCAGGUGAAGAAACGCCAGCUUAUGGAAUUAGCAAUUAUCAAUGGUACAUAUCGAGCUGUGAAUCAACGUUCCAUUUUCUUCCCUUCAACAAAUUUAGCAAGUGAAUUACCUUUGAGAGAUGAGGAUUUACACCAACAAUAUAUAAAUGGACAUGUGAUAAGGUGUUCUCACAGUCCGAUCGAUAAUUCAGACAUAGUGUCCAAUCAUAAAGAUCGUCAGCAAGCACAUAUUCAACAAGUUCAACAACAUCAACAGCUCAUAUUACAACAUCAGUCACUUACUGUAUUAAAUCAUCAAGCGGCUGCAGCAGCGGCAGCUGCAGCAGCUGCAGCUCAAAUGUUACCAUCAAAUAAAUAUUCUUCAAGUAAUAUUUUACCUCAGAUUCAGUCUCAGGUACUUCCUGGAUCACUGACAACAAACUGUUUACUUCCUGGAACAGUGAAUUCUGCAUUAUCUCAAGCUAAUUCAAUACAUUCCAUUCCGAAUAAUCAAUUGUCUCAUUCUAUCCCAUCUCUUAGCUCAGCGAAUUUAUCUACGUAUUUACCAAAUAAUAAUAUAUCCGGACUUUUAUAUCCUUUGACGGCAAAUGCAGCUUUAUCUGCAUCCGUUAGUACAGGAUCAGCUACAAAUAAUGGACAACUUAAUCUAACUCUUCCUUUAAGCCAAAUCGCUAGCGGUAUUACUGGGAAUGGACUUUCUGGUUUAUCCUUGCCAAUUGGUUCUACGUUGCAUGCAGCCAGCCAUGACCAGUUAGCUGCUGUUGCAGCUGCUCUCCUUAGUGGAAGUGGAGCAGGAGGUAUUGGUGCAAGCAAUUCAAAUUUACAGUUAUGCAAUGGUAACGUGAAUAAUCCUGUAUCUAAUAUAAACUCAGGUGCUCAUAGUUACCCUAUCACUUCACAUACAUCACUUGCAGAUGCUGUAAAUAUUCUGGAAUUCAACAGCGCAUCAAAUACACAAGACAAUGGUUCAGGACCACUUAAAUUACGUUCCUUGCAAGCCACAUCAUCCACGGUUUCUAGAAUGCAUCCAUACCUAAGACAAUAAUCAAUGAAUGACGUCACCGCUGCAAAUAACACAGAAUUUGCUUGUAUCCAUGACAAAUAGCAGCUGUUAAUUAUUGUGAUUUUUCAUUUACCAGCAGGCUUUCACUAAAUAAUCAAAAACAGUUUAAGUGCUUUCGUAUCACAAAUGCAAAUGCUUAAUAUCUAGACACUUCAUCUGUCUUCUUUUAGUGUACUACAUGUAAAUUAAAUUGACUUACUCAAACAUCCCUUAUAACUACUUGUUAUGCUUUUAUUUUCUACUAAACUUUGAUCAGAACUUGUAUUAUUAUUGUUAUUAAUACCACUACAUUGAAUAGGGAAAGUAAAGACUGCUAUGUUAAAACAAUAUUUUGAUAUGGUUUUUUUCAUAGACACUAUCCAUGACACAAGAGUAGAUUGUCAGAGUUAUUAAAGGUGAGAAUUUCUGACCGUGCUAUCGACUGGAAUCUAUAAAAUGCAUAUUUUGAAGAUGCUUUACUCACUAAAAUUUUUGUUAUUCUCAAUGGCAUCAGUAAUUUUCAUUACGAAUAACAAUGACAGUUGUUGAAUGUUCAAUAUACAUACAUAAUGAAACUGUUUUAAUUUUGUUUUUAUCUAUUUUAAAUAAUACAAAUUUGUGUGAAUUAACUUAAAACAAGUUUAAAAAUCUUCCCUUCUACUAUUACAGUAGACUUAUUUUAAACUCAUUGACUAUGUGUAUAUUUGAUAUUACUGUACUAAUUUUUCCGUUAUUGUCAAAUUGUCGUUUCGUGAUUCUUCUCCCUGUUUUUUCUUUUCAUUCUAUUUUCUAUAAUUCAUAUCAUACGACAAAAUAUUUGACAACCAUGACAGAAAAUCUAGUUGCGAGAUUGUUUUUUUUAUUUUCCAGUUUUUAGCACUGCCUAAGAGUAAAUUUUUAUCUUCCAACCCAUAUUACUUUGUUAAUUUUUAUACAGUAUUUUAUGCCUACAUAUUUUGGUUUGACGCGAAUUUCUCUUCACCUUUUAUUUGAUUGAUUAUGUAAUCACCUAACUAUAUUAAGUUCAAAAUAAGACUUGUUUUUGAAAAUUUGUUUAGAUCCUUUUCUAUGAUUACUACUUUUUUUAAAAACAAUUAAGGCUUUUCAUUCUCAUUAUUUCUUGUAUGACCUAUUGAAAUAAUAUGUUCAUGGGAUUAUUUAUGGUCAGAGUGAUAUUGUCUUCCUUAUGACCUUACCUCCCCCCAACCGUUGACUUUUGUCUUUUAUCUGAAUUGUUUAUUUUUAAGUUCCGUUUUAUCUUCUGUUGCUUUUUCCUUACAUAUGACUUCAAAAAUAGUCAUUGCUACGUUUCCAGUAUUUUGAUCUGUCUACUCAGCUAUUGAGUGUAAUUUACCUGUCAGUAUAUUUACAGGAUGAAAACACGUUAAAAGAUGUGGCGGAAAAGAAAUCAUAGAUAAAUAGGGAAAAAGUGUUGCAAAAGCCAGAAGAAUAACAAAGAACAAAGCUGAUUCGCAAUAAUAAAAGUGAAGAGACAUCAAAACAGAUAAACAAAGACGAAUAAUACUUAUUUUUUGCUGAAAAACAUCUACUUUUU